GAAGGUGAUGUGACUGACACACACAGGAUCUGCUAGAAACACAACACAUCACAACACCAUACCGAUAAUGACGGGGUGAAGGUGGUGGGAUGCGAGAAGAUAUUAUUCCGCCGGUAUAUAUUCAACUGAUUUAUACCAUGAGGAAAAGUGGAGCUACACGUGCACACAGUGGGAAAUAAGACGACAAGGUGCUGCAAAAUGAAGCCACCUAUGCACCAUGGAGUUGCUGUGUUUCUCGUCAUCACUCUGUGCGCCAGCCUGUUCCUCGUCUACAACGGCGGUUUCCACGGUAGCACCAGUGAGAGCGGGAUGGCGGGUGCGGCAGGGGGAUCCAGAGACAGGAGCGAUGCCAGGAGAAGCUGGCAGACAGAGCAGCAGCAGAAAGCCUCAGUCAGACCAGCAGUCCUACAGGGAUACAGCAGCAUCAUCGACCACAAGCCUCUGAAAAUGCACUGCCAUAGCUGUGCGUUGGUGACCAGCUCCGGUCACCUGAUAGGUGGUAGUCGCGGCGAGGAGAUCGACCGGGCGGAGUGUGUGAUCCGUAUGAACGACGCCCCCACGGCACGGGGCUACGGUGGAGACGUUGGGCACCGCACCUCGCUACGUGUCAUCGCUCACUCCAGCAUGCAGAGGGUCCAACGGAGCCGUCACGAACUGCUCAACGCAUCCCAGGACACAGUGUUUAUCUUCUGGGGGCCCAGUAGUUACAUGCGGCGGGAUGGGAAGGGUCUGGUCUACAACAACCUGAGGUUGAUGAACCAGGUGCUGCCCAAACUAAAGGUCUACAUGAUCUCCUGGCAGAAGAUGCUGCAGUUUGACGAACUCUUCAAGCGGGAGACGGGCAAAGACAGGCGUAUCUCCAACUCGUGGUUGAGUACUGGUUGGUUCACCAUGACCAUAGCUCUGGAGCUGUGUGACCGGAUCAAUGUCUAUGGCAUGGUGGCUCCAGACCACUGCAGAGAGCCCCAGCCCCCAUCGGUCCCCUACCACUACUACGAGCCCCUCGGUCCAGAGGAGUGUGCCAUGUACAUCAGCCAUGAGCGGGGCCGCAGGGGCAGCCAUCACCGCUUUAUCACAGAGAAGAGGGUCUUUGCCAGCUGGGCUCGAACCUUCAACAUCCACUUCUACCAGCCUGACUGGGAACCCCCGCCGCUGGCCCCCGCUAACCGCACGCAGGGGGAGACGGUCUCGGUCAGCAUACGUGACUGGCGACCGGAAAUGGAAGUUGGGUGGUGACAGUGACUGCUGGGCAUCUGUGGAAAAGCUGUAACUCAAAUGGGACUGAGCUGGAGAUGGUGAUGGACAAGACCACAUGAGACGGUCCAAAGUCUUCUGACCACAACUGAAUGGUCCAUACAGUAGGAUACUGACUGCACAUGGUCCUUCGCUGAGGAUCGACCGUCCCCCUCUAGCUAUCUGUCAUGGACAACUGUAGAAUAAUGACUGCAAAACGUCCUUCACUGAGGAUCGACCGUCUUCCUCUAGGCCGUCAUGGACAACUGUAGAAUAAUGACUGCAAAACGUCCUUCACUGAGGAUCGACCGUCCUCCUCUAGCUAUCUGUCAUGGACAACUGUCGAAUACUGACUGCACAUGGUCCUUCACUGAGGAUCGACCGUCCUCCUCUAGCUAUCCGUCAUGGACAACUGUAGAAUAAUGACUGCAAAACGUCCUUCACUGAGGAUCGACCGUCCUCCUCUAGGCCGUCAUGGACAACUGUAGAAUACUGACUGCACAUGGUCCUUCACUGAGGAUCGACCGUCCUCCUCUAGCUAUCUGUCAUGGACAACUGUCGAAUAUUGACUGCACAUGGUCCUUCACUGAGGAUCGACCGUCCUCCUCUAGCUAUCCGUCAUGGACAACUGGAAGGACCAAAUACAGCUGGCUGGUCCAUAGGCUACUAACCACAACUUGUUUGAGCGUACUGGAUGGCCGUAAGGGUAACCGACCACUAGUGGUGCACGGGUCAGCAACUGCCAGACUAGAUGUGAUAGUGAAAAUGUGAGGCCGCACCCAACCCUAAAAUAUAGAAAAUGUACUGUAGGCUACAGUCAGGGACUGUGGAUGUUUUUGACAAGGGGCACAGUAUUGUUUUAUCCUGAUUUCGAUGUGUUUCUGCUUAGAAUUUUGUUAGUCAACUUGUCUAUAAUUAGAUACAUGUAGCUUCUCGUCUGUCAUUACAUGUUGCCGUAGUAACUAAAUCAACCAUUGUUCACCAGAAUAAUGUUAUAAAUCGAUAGAAUGAACGCUUCUGUCAUCUCUGCUUCUUUCAUGGCGAGAAGACCUUUAGAGACCGGGGAGAAAAUGCAAUAACAAAAUAAAAAUGAGAAAUAUUUUCUGUGCAGAAUUUCCAAAUGACAUCACUUCGACCGGGUUGUAAGGAAAUAAAAAGCUUUGAAAAUGACCCAACGUGUUUCUGAU